AUCCUCUCGUGUCCCUCCAUAACCCCUACUACUAGGGGUUUGUUACCUCUGCAGGCUUUCGUCUGUGACUUCAUUUCGUUCUUUGCGCCAUGACGAAAUUUCGGAAGCUCGGCCGCCCCACGGGGCAUCGUAUGUCGAUGCUCAGGACAAUGGUUUCGCAGCUGGUGAAGCAUGAACGCAUCGAAACUACGGUCGCAAAGGCGAAAGAAAUUCGGCGACUUGCUGAUAACAUGGUGCAGCUUGGGAAAGAGGUGCCAAAUAAUUAUACAUGGUAUGGUAGCUACAUGUUCAAGGGUUCUCUUUGUGCUGCGAGGCGUGCUUCUGCUUUUGUGCGGGGGGAUGACGUCCUUCACAAGCUAUUUACUGAGCUGGCUUAUCGCUACAAAGAUAGAGCGGGUGGGUACACAAGGCUACUUCGAACUCGCAUACGAGUUGGUGAUGCUGCAGAAAUGGCCUAUAUUGAGUUCAUAGACAGAGAGAAUGAACUCAGACAAUCAAAACCAGCAACUCCUCAACCACCACCAAGGGCCCCCUUGGAUCCUUGGACAAGGUCCCGCCUUAGCAAGCAGUUAGCACCUCCCAAGGAGGAUUCAAGUUCUCAUUCUGAUAGUUAAACUAGAUCCCCUGUAAUUUUGGUUCUCAAAUUUUACUUGUAUUAGUUGCUGAGUUCAUGCUAUAUCCUUUACUUUCCCUCUCAGAGCGUUCAAGCACAAUCAAUUUUUGGAAAUUGGAACCAUAGUCCAGGCUUCACUUUUGUUUUGAUUGUGGUUUGCUAAAGUAUUAUGUCAUAAUAAUGGAAGUAUCCUUUUUCCUUUUAA